CCAGAGGGCACGGCGGUAGCGGUGGCGGCACCGGCACUCGCUUGAAGGGAGGAGGGGAAGCGAGCGAGUGAUCAAUCAAGUAAAGGAAGAUGGUGGAGCAAGCAGCGUGGUUCCCCCGUCAGGCAGCGACCGGCCCCAGCAAUCCGCAACGUAGAGAUUCCGCCCGACCUGAAGUCGCCUCCUGAUAAACGCCCAGCUCGGCCAUGCCCCGAUCACGCCGGGGCGACAGAGCCCGCAGAGGCGGCCGAGGAGCUCACAGUAACGCCAAGAUGGAGUCCCAGGCCAGUGAUGACGAGGCAGCCAGUGAAGUGCUGAGUCACUACAGCAGCGCCAGUGAGACAACGAGUGUAGCUGAAGAAGUGACAGGAGGUGAGGCAGUGGAUGAGCAGGCACAGCAAGAGGAGAUGGAAGAUAAACUGAAGGAAUGCAUUGACAAUGUGAUGGAUAAGAGCGCCAAGACACGGCAGGUUGCUCUAGAGAGCCUGCGGCUAGCAUUUUCCUCCAAGACGCUCUUUGACUUCCUGUUGGAACGCAGGCUCACCCUCACAGACUCCUUAGAGAAGUGCCUGAAGAAAGGUAAAGGGGAGGAGCAAUGCCUUGCUGCUACAGUUCUUACACUACUGUGCCUUCAGAUGGGCUCAGGGCCUGAGGGGGAGGAGGUGUUCCGCAGCCUGAAGCCCCUCCUCAUCACCAUACUGACUGACUCCUCCGCCAGCCCAAUUGCUCGGCAAAGCUGCGCCACUGCUCUUGGGAUGUGCUGCUACAUUGCUGCUGCAGACAUGGAGGACUUGGUUUCCUGUCUUGCCUGCUUGGAGGGCAUCUUUGGCACUUCCUGCAGCAAGGAUGCCAACUUGGCACCCUCUCAUCACAGUCCUCUGCUCCAGAUCUUGCAUUGCAAUGCACUCCAGUCAUGGUCUCUGCUCCUCACCAUCUGCCCAAGCACCCAGAUCAAGAAGUUUCUGGACAAUCACUUACCCAAGUUGCCUCUGAUGCUGUCCAGUGAUAAUGUUAACCUUCGGAUUGUGGCAGGUGAAACAAUUGCACUGCUAUUUGAACUAGCCCGAGACGUGGAGGAGGAUUUCUUUUAUGAGGACACUGACCUGCUGUGUACAAAACUGAAAGCCCUGGCCACAGACAGCAAUAAGUACCGAGCCAAGACUGACCGACGCAAGCAACGCUCCAUCUUUCGUGAUGUGCUGCAUUUCAUUGAGAAUGGGGAGUGCCAUGAGGAGACCAUCAAGUUUGGACUGGAGUGUAUGUAUGUGGACAGCUGGGCAAGGAGAAGAACAUACAAUGCCUUCAAAGAGGCUCUUGGUUCUGGGGUCAGGCACCACCUUCAGAACAAUGAGCUCCUGCGUGAGAUAUUUGAGCUGGGCCCCCCGCUAGUGCUGGAUGCUGCGGCAAUUAAAGUCAGCAAGAUCUCACGCUUUGAGAAGCACCUGUACAACUCAGCUGCCUUCAAGGCCCGGACAAAAGCAAGGAGCCGUGUUCGAGAUAAGCGAGCGGAUGUCCUUUGAGGGGAACUUGUUUCCUCCUCUGCUGCCUUCCACUCAAGCCAAUGAACUUCAGACCUGGACCACUGUGACAUUGUGGGUGGAGGGAGAGCUUGGGGCAAAGGAACCCCAUUGCCUCAACUCAUUACAAAAAAUGGGCUUGUGCCAUGCCCUCUCUACUCCCCCACCAUUGUCUGGGGGCUUUUAUAUAUGUACAGAAUAGUAUUUAAAUGUCCUGAAUGUUUGAAUCAUGGUGGGAUAGCAAUGGGCAGGUGCCAUUUUAAUUUUUUUAACAAAAAAAUCUAAGCGAGGUUGGGGGGGGUCUUCUUCCCCCCCCACUGCUUUUUUAAGCCAGUGAUUUAAGCCUUGUCUUUUUCCUCUGUCUCCAUUGCUGAACGCAUUCUGCUAUUGCAGCCUAUGCAGUGAAAUCAAGGACUGGAUCUUCUUCCCACCCCUUUCUGCAGUGUGGACUUCCCAGUGAUGUCCUCAAUCCAGGAGGCUGGCUUAGUUGUGAGGCUAAAGACUGCAGUGUCCAGGAUGGAGGCAGUGAAAGGACUGGCUUGAGGUUGGGUGCCUUGGGUUAUUCCCCUCCGGUGUUGAAGUUAUUUUUCCUUGUGAAUGAAUGAAAUGUGCAUUAGAAAUCAGCAUAGUAGUUGAUUAAAGGCUGGGUUGACAACACUAUGAAGGUGGCUGUAUCUCUUCUCUGCUCAUGCAGCUGCUAAUUCUUUUCUCUCUCUCUUGCAUUGCAGCCCCUCUGGUGGCCUGUACAUCACUGGCAAUUAUUUCAUUCUCUCACUUGAUGAUACAUUUGGUUUUGCUCCAGACUCGUGUGGCUGCUGCUUCUCUUCUUUCUGGAAAAUUGCCCUACUUUUGGUGGCAGGAUUAGAAGCCAGCCAAAGCCUUGGGGCAAAGAAAGAGCCUUUUUCAUUGUGCUGUGGAACUACCCAUUGCCAGCCCGAGAAAGCUCCUCUUUCCCAAAGUGGGGCAUCUUUCCCUUGUUGCAAGAGAAGUUUCUUGUGGCUUAUUUGCUAGCACAAAACAGAAAGAGCAGUGGGCACAUAAUGCUUUGCCCUGCUCAGUGGGCCCUUCUGGCUUCAAAAAGCUGGAUUCUGAAUAUAUAGAUACAUGUUGCAUACUUUAUUUUUCCUCUGCUAUUUCAGGGUGGGGAAGUUAUGCAGGGGCCCUCGUGUUGCACUGUUUUGGCAGCUGCAACUCUUACUAGCCCUCAUCAUUUUUUGCCAUGCAUAGUCUACAUGCUUCCAAACCUCUUUUUGCAGCUGUAAAGACUGAAAUCCAUUUUUAUAUAUAACGGGUGUGAUCCAGACUAGCUAGUUGCAUUUAAGUUCCAUUGAUUUCAGUGGGAUUUAAGUGCAACUACCUUAGUCUGGAUCUGAUCCAAUAUAUAUAAUCCAUGCUUGCUCACAUGUGUGUGCUCUCUCUCUCUCUCUCUCACACACACAUCUGUAUCUUCAUAUUCUGCUGAAUUCUAAGUCUGUGCAGCACUCAAUUGCACAGAAUUCUAACCCUGCAGAUGAGUACCAGGAAAUCAGCAAACGGAGGAAUCCUGCAGCAUUCUGAGCUAUCACUGACUCACCAUUCUGCAUAGAAUGCACCCUUGCCUUCCCUCAUUUUGGUUUCCAAAAUAUAUAUUGUUAGGAUCUUAUCAUCCCAAAUGGGGUAAGGUAUAAUGUGCAUAAAUCUUCGAGCUCCACAGAAGCCUUUCUUGGCCAGAAUGGGGAAGUGGCUCAUAGUUUAGCUGUUCACGGAACAAAGUUAAUAGAAGUCACACUUUUUCUCAAGGUACCUUGUUGUAUUUCUCCCUCAAACACAUCGUCCCGCCUGCAUAGUGUUGUCAACAGAAAAUGUCAGCUUUGUCCUAUUUAAUAUUAAACCGAGAUAAAAUAUUAGACAUCAAGUUAACAAAUUGUCUAUGGCAGGUAAAAACUAUAUUCCUGUCAACGUGACUUCAUCAGCAGUGGUGUACAGGUCUGGGGGCAAGAAUCACAUGUUGCAUAGAUGUUUGCAGAAUGAUUAGGGGGUGUCCUAUUGUGGGUGCUGCAGCCCAGUAGCUGUGUUGUGCCUUUCCUUACUGGGCAUUCUCUGAUUCUAGCUGAGUUGCGCAGACCUAUACAAAGAAUGUAUGUACCCUUGGAUCACAAGGCAUCUUGAGUAGUUGCCCACAGAAAGCUGUUUGCUCAGGAGGAUUUGCCCUAGCCUAGUGCCAAACUACGGGGUUGUUCUAGCUCCACUGCUGGGGCCACCUGGGAUUUUGCUGCCAGCUUCCUGCAACUUUUGUACUCUGAGCUCAGUUCUGAACUUUGGGGUUGGUGCAUCAAGUCAGGGAGUCUAUACGUCUUCAUUGCCAUGACUGGUUAGAAUCUAGAUGAGCAUAAGGUAGAAGAAGAAUGUGGAGAAUUUCAGCUAUCCCUUUUUUGUUUAAAAAUAAAAUAAAAUCUAGCCUUUGUGAAGAACAGUUUGAAAAUACACCCAUUUUUUCUGCAGAAAGGGUCUUGUAAAACCAGUAUCGUGAUUCCUGUAUUCUGUGGAGCAGGGGGUGUGGAUUAGGCAUAAAUUAGGAACUGGACAUGCUCAUACGUCUAAUUCACAUGAUAUAGAGGUUUUGACACAGAUAGCCAGCGUGACUUCCUUUUUAACAGCUGGAUAUAAUGCAAGGAUUCCCUCUAUGCCUAGUUGUUUGUAGGCUGAUGGUCCCUUUUUUUAUAGGUAGAGCCUAGGCAAAUGCAGUGCUGAUCUGUUCAGGAGAGAAGCACACCUUGGCAAAAGGAAGCUGUGGGUUUUAUUAAAACAUCUCUGCAAAGGUGCCCCGUGGGCAAAAUUUAAAGUGGGUAUAAAGUAGAGGAAUAUAAUGCAAAUAAGGUGCUGAUGGUAUCUUUUAAAAUACUGUGUUCAAAUAAAGAAAAGAAAAUUUGAGGUGAAAGUUAAAGACCCUCUACCUACUCUACAGGUAAGGUAUCUUCCUGUCUGCUCCUCCCCUCCCCAGGCAGCUUCCAGUCCUGCAGCCAAUGCUGCCCACAGGGCACACAAACCUCAACAACACCCACUAGUGACUCUACAGAGUUGUGGGGUUUGUUUGUUUUUGCUUAGAGAUCACUUAACUCAGACCAACACAUGUCAGUGGCCAAAAUGUGCCAGCAGUGAGUCCAUUUCCCCCUCUUCUGCAACACUGGAAUCAAGCUCCCAUGAGAAAAAGUUGGGGCUGAGAGGUAAGACUGUCUCUAACUCAGGUUUAAGUGCCUGGUUCACUGGCAUUUAGCUGCCUCCAUAGCUGUAAGCUCACAGCUCUCAUUUGUCGGAUGGCCUCCUCUUGAGACUCCAGCCACUGGGCAAGGACACGGAGUGACUCACGCUGCAAGACUGUAGAGAAGAGAAGUAGAAACAACAUGACUAACUGAUCAUACAGUCUCUAUUUUGCAUUUUUUAAAAACAUCACUACAUGUCACUUUGGUGUGUUGCAGAGCCUGAAAGUUUUAGCUGAUGAAAUUUGCCAAUUGCACUAAAGGGACUGGGUGUGUGAGACACUGUUUCCAAAUGCUAUACGCAAGCUUUUUAGAGGGUGUCUGUUGGAGAUCUGCAAUCCACCUAGUAGUCUGUAGAGAAAUGAUUUGUAUAUCAGACUAGCGGCCUCCAGGUUUCAAGGGCCCACUUAAGUUAUUAAUACUCUUGUGGGCAGUGGAGCUAUUCUCGUUUUGGAAGGGAAUAGCCCACCUUAAGACCAUUCCCUACACUUUGUGGAGUUCUUAAAUGCUGGACAGCAGUGACUACCAGGGCACAACAGAUUUGUAUGUUGCCUUGCGAAAAGCAAACUUGAGGAACCUUGUUUGUUUCUGCCAAUACAAAUAAUCCAAAGUAUCUUA